AUGUUAUGGCAACAUUCAACCACCAACUAUUCACCAUAUGAAUUACAAUUUGGAAGACAACCUCGGCUACCAACGGAUUCUCCAUCGCAAUAUCUGAAUUUAUCCGUCCCACCAGCACAUUUAGCAUUGACCUCCGAUCAACGCAAUCAUUAUAAAACAGCAACAAGAAAAGCAUCCAGAAAUGAACAAUUACGUCAACAAUAUGAUGCAUUUGAUGUUCCAAAAUCUCAAUAUGAAUUAUAUCAUAUUGAUGACUGCACAACAAUUGAAUUAUUAGACCAACUUAUACAGAUGGCAUCAACAACACACAUCUAUUCAAUUGAUACUGAAUGCGACAAACAAUUUCCUGCUUUACUACAAAUCGAGGCAGUCAUCUCUGAUCAACAAUCAACAAUUACGUUGAUUAAAAUGGCUUAUUUACCAUCGCAAUCGACAAUAUUAUUCGAUAAAAUACAACAGCUAUGUGGCAUCAUAUUUACAACUGGUAAUAAAUUGUAUGGUUGGGGUCCAUUAAAAAAAGAGUUAUCAGCAUUUGUGAAAUACCGAUUAUUUGAUUAUUCUCGUUUAUCAAUACCAAGUGACGUACAAGGAGAAUUUAAAGAUUGGUUUGACCGAGUUUUUCCUCGAACAGAGGAUGAAACCCAAUAUACCGAACCAUCUGGAAAUGAUCAAGAUCAAGACCAAGACGAAAAUGUAUUGACAAUAUUAACUCCACCAACCUUUGAUCUACCAACAAAACCAAUUAAUCCAUAUAGCGACCCCAAGGCAACAUGGAGUCUUCAAAACGCUGUUGCCGUUAUUUUGAAUCGUUUUUUGGACAAAUCUUUUACGAUAUCAAGAUGGGCAUGUGGUUUAGAUUCGUUGUUGGGUACUUAUAUACAUCCAAAACUCGUUGGUUCUGCUCGUACAAAUGAUAUUCGUCAACAAUUAACACGUCGUGAAAAUCUGGUUGCUUAUGCUCAUCAUCAACCAAUUCUGGCUUCAUCAUCAAGAAUUGUCACAAUAACACCACGUACUCCUCCUCCUUCAACAUUAGCUGCUAUAUCUAAUGUCCUUGGAUUCGAUUAUGAAGACAUUUCUGAUGAUGAUGAAAUUCCUAGCGCACAAUCAAAACCACCAUCAACAGAACAACGAUCAUCUUCUCCAGUCAAACAAAAACAUUCUCAACAUCGUACUGCUGCAAGUAAAAAACGUCGUAAUUAUAUUAGACGUCAACAUCGUCGUCCUCAUCGAUUCGAUCAUACUAUUGUUCGUCAUUUAAAUACCAAUUUACAUCAUCAAGACGUUAAACGAAGAUUACGUCAUUUACAAGUUCCAUAUGUACAUUUUCGUCUCGACAAACAUCGCAAUCGUGUUGUUAUUGGAUUAAAAACAGAUGCAUUAGUUGCCCAGUUUAAUGGAACAAUUAGACAUGAUGUAUUUCAUUAG